CACACAAUUUUCAGACAUUUUUUUCGCGCCGAAGUGAUUUUUUCCGUGCUCGACAAGGCUCAAAGAGAUAAUUUAAGUGAAAAGUGAAAAGUUAAAAGAUCCAUACAAAGACAACAUGAGGGAAAUCGUACACAUCCAAGCUGGUCAGUGCGGCAACCAGAUCGGAGCCAAGUUCUGGGAAAUUAUCUCCGACGAACAUGGCAUUGAUGCCACCGGUGCCUACCACGGCGACAGCGACUUGCAGCUGGAGCGCAUCAACGUGUACUACAAUGAGGCGUCCGGAGGCAAAUACGUGCCCCGCGCCGUCCUUGUCGACUUGGAGCCCGGCACCAUGGACUCUGUUCGGUCCGGCCCCUUCGGCCAGAUCUUCAGGCCCGACAACUUUGUGUUCGGACAGUCCGGCGCCGGCAAUAACUGGGCCAAGGGUCAUUACACAGAGGGCGCCGAGCUGGUCGAUUCCGUGCUCGAUGUCGUGCGCAAGGAGGCUGAAUCCUGCGACUGCCUGCAAGGCUUCCAGCUCACACACUCCCUUGGCGGCGGCACUGGCUCCGGCAUGGGUACCCUGCUGAUUUCCAAGAUCCGCGAGGAAUACCCCGACAGAAUCAUGAACACAUACUCGGUUGUGCCCUCGCCCAAGGUGUCGGACACCGUUGUGGAGCCCUACAAUGCCACUCUGUCGGUGCACCAGCUGGUCGAGAACACAGACGAGACCUACUGCAUCGAUAACGAGGCUCUCUACGAUAUCUGCUUCCGCACCCUCAAACUGACGACCCCCACAUACGGCGACUUGAACCAUCUGGUCUCGUUGACCAUGUCCGGCGUUACUACCUGCCUCCGCUUCCCCGGCCAACUGAAUGCUGAUCUCCGCAAACUCGCCGUGAACAUGGUUCCAUUCCCACGUCUCCACUUCUUCAUGCCCGGCUUUGCCCCACUCACAUCCCGCGGCUCCCAGCAGUACCGCGCCCUCACCGUGCCUGAGCUGACCCAACAGAUGUUCGACGCCAAGAACAUGAUGGCUGCCUGCGAUCCCCGUCAUGGUCGUUACCUGACUGUCGCCGCCAUCUUCCGUGGACGCAUGUCCAUGAAGGAGGUCGACGAGCAGAUGCUGAACAUCCAGAACAAGAACAGCUCCUACUUCGUCGAAUGGAUCCCCAACAACGUGAAGACUGCCGUGUGUGACAUCCCGCCCCGUGGCCUGAAAAUGUCCGCCACCUUCAUUGGCAACUCCACCGCCAUCCAGGAGCUCUUCAAGCGCAUCUCCGAACAGUUCACUGCUAUGUUCCGUCGCAAGGCUUUCUUGCAUUGGUACACCGGUGAGGGCAUGGACGAGAUGGAGUUCACUGAGGCCGAGAGCAACAUGAACGAUCUGGUCUCUGAGUACCAGCAGUACCAGGAAGCCACUGCCGACGAGGAUGCCGAAUUCGAGGAGGAGCAAGAGGCUGAGGUUGAUGAGAACUAACUUCUCAAUUCGAUGUUUUGCGAAAAAUAAAACCAGGACAAAAGUUCAGUUGUAAAAUGUUUCUUUUAACAACGUAAUCAAUAAAGUCAGAUCCAUUUUGUUCACAUGUCUAA